CGCUCGCCGGCUUUCCCCUUGGCCCUUUCUUGGGGAAGGUGGAAGGGAGAGUGAGGGGGGGGGUCUUCCCUCCGUCGGUCUCAGCGCAUGAGAAGCGAAGCGCCCUGAGGACGCCUUUCCCCCGCCCGUCCUCCCCCCCCCCACCGGUACGAGAGACGGACAGCUUGGCGAGGCUGCCCGGCGGGCGACGGCGUCGGUAACCUUGGUCUUGCGCUCCUGCCAUCUCCACGGGCGCGGAGGUAGCCCCCCUCGUAAACAUGGCGAGUGAUUCUCCGGCUCGGAGCUUGGACGAGAUAGAUCUGUCCGCCUUGAGGGAUCCCGCAGGCAUCUUUGAACUUGUUGAACUGGUUGGCAACGGGACUUACGGGCAAGUCUAUAAGGGCCGACAUGUUAAAACCGGACAACUUGCAGCUAUUAAAGUCAUGGAUGUCACUGGGGAUGAAGAAGAAGAGAUUAAACAAGAAAUUAACAUGCUAAAGAAAUACUCCCAUCACCGAAAUAUCGCUACUUAUUAUGGUGCUUUCAUUAAAAAGAACCCACCAGGAAUGGAUGAUCAGCUCUGGCUGGUGAUGGAGUUCUGUGGUGCUGGAUCUGUUACUGAUCUGAUCAAGAACACAAAAGGGAACACUUUGAAGGAGGAGUGGAUUGCCUAUAUCUGCAGGGAGAUUUUACGGGGCUUGAGUCAUCUCCAUCAACACAAAGUAAUCCAUCGAGAUAUUAAAGGCCAAAAUGUUUUGCUAACUGAAAAUGCAGAAGUAAAACUAGUGGAUUUUGGAGUCAGCGCUCAACUAGACAGAACAGUUGGACGAAGGAAUACAUUUAUUGGAACACCCUACUGGAUGGCACCUGAGGUCAUCGCCUGCGAUGAAAACCCAGAUGCAACUUAUGAUUUCAAGAGUGAUUUGUGGUCUUUAGGGAUAACAGCCAUCGAAAUGGCAGAAGGAGCUCCCCCCCUUUGUGAUAUGCAUCCUAUGAGAGCCUUGUUUCUCAUUCCCCGAAACCCAGCCCCCAGGCUGAAAUCAAAGAAGUGGUCCAAAAAAUUCCAGUCCUUCAUUGAAAGCUGCCUGGUGAAAAACCAUGGCCAGAGGCCAAGCACUGAACAGCUGAUGAAGCACCCAUUUAUUCGAGAUCAGCCAAAUGAAAGGCAAGUUCGCAUCCAGCUCAAAGACCACAUUGACAGGACUAAGAAAAAACGAGGCGAGAAAGAUGAGACAGAAUAUGAGUACAGUGGAAGUGAAGAGGAAGAGGAAGAAAAUGACUCUGGAGAACCCAGCUCCAUCCUAAACCUGCCUGGAGAAUCGACCUUAAGGCGGGAUUUUUUGCGACUUCAGCUUGCAAACAAGGAACGCUCAGAGGCCCUCCGUCGGCAGCAGCUGGAGCAGCAGCAGCGUGAGAAUGAAGAGCACAAGAGGCAGCUCUUGGCAGAACGUCAGAAGAGGAUCGAGGAGCAGAAAGAGCAGAGGCGGAGGCUGGAAGAGCAGCAGAGGAGAGAGAAGGAGCUAAGAAAACAACAAGAGAGGGAGCAACGGCGGCAUUAUGAAGAACAAUUGCGGCGAGAAGAAGAAAGGAGACGGGCUGAACACGAGCAGGAAUACAAGCGCAAGCAGUUGGAGGAACAACGGCAAGCCGAGAGGCUACAGCGACAGCUGCAACAAGAACGGGACUAUCUAGUUUCUUUACAGCAGCAACAACGACAAGAACAGAGACCAACCGAGAAGAAGCCGCUCUAUCAUUACAAGGAAGGGAUGAACGCCACUGAGAAGCCAGCUUGGGCAAAGGAGGUUGAAGAACGUUCCAGACUUAACCGGCAAAGUUCCCCAGCCAUGCCUCACAAGGUGGCAAACAGAAUUUCUGACCCAAACCUUCCACCUCGAUCAGAAUCCUUUAGUAUUAGCGGGGUGCAGCCUGCUCGGACACCACCCAUGUUGCGAUCAGUGGAUCCACAGAUUCCACAUCUGGUCAGUGUGAAAUCCCAGGGACCUUCCUUGCCUGCCUCUCACUCACUGCAUGAACAACCCACAAAGGGAAUGGCUGGGUUUCAGGAAGCUCUAACGGUGACCUCUCACCGCACUGAGAUGCCAAGGCAGAACUCGGACCCCACUUCUGAAAAGCCUCCUCUCCCCCCUCGUGUUGAAAAGUUUGAUCGAAGUUCUUGGUUACGACAGGAAGAAGACAUUCCACCAAAGGUGCCUCAACGAACUACUUCCAUCUCACCUGCAUUAGCUCGGAAGAACUCACCUGGGAAUGGGAAUGCUCUUGGACCUCGACUCGGAUCACAGCCCAUAAGAGCAAGUAACCCAGACCUGCGGAGAACGGAGCCCAUAAUAGAAAAUCUGAUACAGAGGACAAGCAGUGGCAGUUCUUCCAGCUCCAGCACCCCCAGUUCACAGCCCAGUUCACAGGGCGGCUCUCAGCCUGGAUCCCAAGCUGGUUCCAGUGAGCGGAACCGAGCCAGAGGAAAUGCCAAGCUUGAAGGAUCGCCCAUACUCCCACAUGAACCAGCCAAGGUAAAGCAGGAAGAAAGCAAGGAGAUGACCCGGCCAAGUCGACCUGCUGAUCUGACUGCUUUAGCAAAAGAACUGCGGGAGCUGCGGAUUGAGGAAACCAACCGGCCUUUAAAGAAAGUUACCGAUUAUUCCUCUUCCAGUGAGGAGUCCGAAAGCAGUGAAGAGGAGGAAGAGGACGGAGAAAGUGAAACCCAAGAUGGCACUGUGCCUGUCAGCGACAUCCCACGGCUUAUACCAACGGGAAUGCCAGCCAACAAUGAGUCCUACAAUCUAGGAAUGGUAUCGAGCCAUGGUGGUCUGGAGCCUCCCCACCCUGACAAAUUUAGCAGUAUUUCAAGAGAAGGGACUUUAAUGAUAAGGGAGACUUCUGGUGACCACAAGCGCUCAGGCCACCCAGCCAGCAAUGGCUUUGCUGGCCAUGUCAACCUUCCCGAUCUAGUGCAACAAAGCCACUCACCUGCGGGCACGCCGACUGAGGGCUUGGGGCGAGUCUCCACCCAUGGGCAAGAGAUGGAGCCAGUGGCUGAAUACGGCAUGGGGAGCAGUACAAAAGCUUCUUUCACCCCAUUUGUGGACACCAGAGUGUAUCAGACCUCUCCGACUGAUGAAGAUGAAGAUGAUGAUGAAGAAUCCUCUGCUACAGCAUUAUUUACCAGUGAGCUGCUGAGGCAAGAACAGGCCAAGCUUAAUGAAGCAAGAAAAAUUUCUGUAGUAAAUGUGAAUCCCACCAACAUCCGUCCUCAUAGUGACACCCCAGAGAUCCGAAAGUACAAGAAACGCUUCAAUUCAGAAAUCCUCUGUGCUGCUUUAUGGGGUGUAAACUUGCUGGUGGGAACCGAGAAUGGGCUUAUGCUGUUGGAUCGGAGCGGACAAGGAAAAGUGUACAAUCUGAUCAAUAGGAGACGAUUCCAACAAAUGGACGUGUUAGAAGGCCUCAACGUCCUAGUAACUAUCUCAGGAAAGAAGAAUAAGCUUCGAGUUUACUACCUUUCAUGGUUAAGAAAUAGAAUAUUGCACAAUGAUCCAGAGGUAGAAAAGAAACAAGGCUGGAUCACUGUAGGUGAUUUGGAAGGGUGCAUCCAUUAUAAAGUUGUGAAAUAUGAGAGAAUCAAGUUCUUGGUGAUUGCCUUAAAGAAUGCUGUAGAGAUAUAUGCUUGGGCUCCUAAACCUUAUCACAAGUUUAUGGCAUUUAAGUCUUUUGCAGAUCUUCAGCACAAACCAUUGCUUGUUGACCUCACAGUAGAAGAAGGACAAAGGUUGAAAGUCAUCUUUGGGUCACAUACUGGUUUUCAUGUUAUUGAUGUAGAUUCAGGCAAUUCUUACGACAUCUACAUACCAUGUCAUAUUCAGGGCAAUAUUACACCUCAUGCCAUUGUCAUCUUACCCAAGACGGAUGGAAUGGAAAUGCUUGUGUGCUAUGAGGACGAAGGGGUAUACGUGAAUACCUAUGGACGCAUAACAAAAGAUGUGGUGCUUCAGUGGGGAGAAAUGCCCACUUCAGUGGCCUAUAUUCACUCCAAUCAAAUAAUGGGCUGGGGUGAGAAAGCUAUUGAGAUACGAUCAGUGGAGACAGGCCAUUUGGAUGGAGUAUUUAUGCACAAGCGUGCCCAGCGGUUAAAAUUUCUAUGUGAAAGAAAUGAUAAGGUAUUUUUUGCAUCGGUAAGAUCAGGGGGAAGUAGCCAAGUAUUUUUCAUGACCCUGAACAGAAAUUCCAUGAUGAACUGGUAACGAAAGGGCACUUGGAGCUUAUUUUGAUGCUAAGAUCUAUUAAAUUUUGAAGGACAUCUGAAUUUGCAGAGUUACAUUGUCAAAGCAAGCAAAGAAGAAGAUAUUGUGGAUCCUGUAGCUUUCUUCGGGACCACCGUCUGCUCAUGCAGCCACAUUCUGAGAACAUGAACACAGUUUUCCCAUAAGGAUUUCAGAAUGCAGGCUUCUUCAAGAUCCCAAGAAUGCAACACUGUUUGAGCAGGGAAGGACCAACGCUGAAGAGGUUUAGCUGAAUAAAUCUCUCUCCAAGGUGUUCAAACUAAGCUGUGAUAAUGGAAUCGGCACUAGGGUUUUUAAAAAUAAUUAUUAUUAUUUUUCCUUGAUCCUGAGUUUGUAAGAAUAGAGACUGGUCUUAAAGUUAAAACAGAAUAUCUGUUUUAAUAAUGUCUGCCUGUUAGCACCGAUUAUAUAGUAUGAUGUAAGGCAGAUUCCCCUGACCUGGUUGGUGUCUUUUAGGUGUGGUCGACUAGAGCUCCCAUGAUCAUGGCUAGUGAGCCAAAUGGGGUAUGUUGGUUUGGAAUGAUGGCAGUUGUAAUUAAACACAUCUGUGGAAGUUAGGCUGAGAACUGCUGUUAUAAAGUUAUCACUUAAAACUGAUGCAAGAGAGCACAAUAAAUGUACCAUUUCUAAUCUUUGUGUGAGAGGCCCUAACCAUAGAGUGGCCAUAUUUUGUAAACUCUUCUUUCUUUUAUGGACAUUUGUGUGGGGAUUAUUUUGUUGUGGUUGUUUUUAUUUUUAUUUUUUAUUUUAUUUUUUGCAAACAGGUCAAGAUAUUUCAGAUAAGAGUAUAAAUGAGAUUUUGUCCCAUUCCUUUGGGAAAUUUAAGUGGCUAGACUCCUAGCUUUGGAGAAUAUAAUAUGAGCAUGAUAGAGUUAACUUUUUGUCAAUCUUUCAGUUCAUACUACUUCUUCCCCAGCCUGGCCAUCUCCAGAUAGGAUGAGAUGCCACCUCCCCAGAUUCUCAGCCAGCAAGGUCAUAAGCCAAAUAUGUCUGGCUGAUCAAUGCUCUUCUUUAUAGAUCUUUGCAUAAUGGUGCUCAUUGAUUUAAAAAACAACAACAGCAGUGCCAUUCUUGUUAGUCAUUCCCACUGGUUGCCUUUCUCCAAGCUAUAACAAAAUGGUAUCUCUAAAUGGGAAGCUAAUUGAAAUAUUGUAAGAUUCCAAAGAUUGGCUAAAGAAUGCCCCUAGUAGCUUGAUACAUAAGGCAUCUUUACUCGGAUGUGUUUGAAUCCAAAUCAUACCUAUUCUGUACAGUUGUGCUUUACUUCGGGGGAUAGGGGGCAUGAUCCUUGUAGAUACUGGUACAUUUUAUUUCUUCCACUAAAAAUUACAAAGAGACUACAUCAUUCCGAUAUUCCCAAGUUGGAAGUCCCAAAUACAGAUCAGUAUUUUUUAAUCUAAUGGUGUUCUAUUCUCAAUAUGGAAAAUCUUAAUAAAAUAUUCAUCUCUCGGUACAAAGAAGUGCAGGAGAAGGAGAGCAGAUUAAAGGAAGGUUUCAUUGGUCAGUUACCUGACAUUUAGAUUUCAUCUUUCUGCCCUUCCCCCAUGUACCCAUCUGUAUAAUGACCAACAAAUGUGCAGAAGUAUGUAUGUUUUUAGUUUGAAUUUAUCUCUUGUCUUUAUAUGCUUUGUUCAAAUUAUUUGUAUUUUUAAAUUCGUUAUUUCCACUGCCUCCAAGCCUGAAUUCUCCCCCUGAUCUCUGGAUAUAACAUAAUUGGAUCUGUUUUGCUAUUUUUAACCUACCUCAUUUUAUUUCUUAUUUCUGUUUUUCUUUUCCUUAUUAGCUUCCAUAGAUAUUCGGAGAGUUUUAACUGACCAGUCCAAGAAAUAGCUGAGUGUUCUGCAGAGGCCAGGUUUUUGAGAAGUGGAAAAUUAACAUCAAACUCUCCGUUUCCGUUUCCAUUUCCCUCCUGCCCCUUUCAACCAUUUCAUAACUUCAGAAUUUUGAUCGUAUAUGCCAGUUGAUGCUACUGUAGUCACAAUGCAUUGGUCCAUGAGAGCAGUUGGCAAAGUCAACUGUCAAGAGAGGCUACCCCAAAUUACUGGAAGCCAGGAGCUCAGAACAUAUUGCUAUCAUUGUGCAUACAUGAAGUUAUGAGUUACAAGCUCAGUUAGUCUAUGUUACUCUUGAAAGUCAUCAGAAGUCACUGACUUCUUGUAAAUAGGCUUUCUGGAUAGACAUAUGCAGCUGGAUGGGAGAAAUAAUUGAUAUCCUUCUUAAUGAUACAUUCCAUCAGAAAUAGACUCAUGUUUGUCAUCCCCAUUCAACUCUAUCUCACUGCCUGGCCUAGAGAGAUGAUGGUGAUAGCAGUGCUGGUGAUAUGUACAACCAGAUGAACCUUCCAGGUUAAGCAUGCUUUGUCAUUAGUAUUCAACAUAAUUGGGGCUUCCAAACUUUCUGAAAAAGUCUUGCUGGGUACCUUUAACACUUCAUACUGUUUGGUGGCUUUUCUGUAAUAAAACAUGGCAGGAGGAGUUGGUGAUCUUCUAUGACAGAAGAUCUAUGUCAGAGGAUCUUGUUUCUCUCCCCUUUUAAAAAGGGGCUAAUAUACAGAGUCAGACUCCCAACAUUUGACACAUGAUCUCUGAGAUGAACAUUCAAAUCCACUCUGCAUGUAUUCUGAGCUUCAACAUUGCACUCAGACCAUUUUUGGCUGAGCUCACAAAAGGGUUUAAUUAGGAUUCUUUCAUUAUGUUAUUUAGUUAGGGUUUUGCAAGCCUGACGUUAAUCCAACUUCUACAGAUCAAAUGAUUAAUUUAUAGUCCAUCAUUGCAACCAGAAAAUUCCGUAACCUGAUCUAUAAAAGAAAGACAGCUUGGGCUAGAAACCAGGAGACCAUGAGUUCUAGUCCUGCCUUAGUACAAAGCAACCUGGGUCACCUUAGGCCAGUCACAUGGUUGCAGCCCUUGUAAGGAGGCAAUGGCAAACCACUUGUAAAAUCUUCCCAAGAAAACUUCAGGGACUUACUGAGGCAGUCACCAGGAGACUGGCUCAAAAUUAGAUUUCUUGACAUUACUUGCUAAUGUCUUCUAUAGUCUUGGACUUUCCUGGCUUCCAUCUACAUACAAAAUCUGUACUGAUUUUUGUGGUCAGCCAAGGUCAGCCAAUGAAAUAUGCAAGUAAUUUUAACAAUAGAUGUUUAUAUCUAUGUAUAGCUACCCAGCCUCACUACUUGGCCUCUUUGGUUUUGCCUCAAAAAAUGAUUGAAUGGAAUCAUAUAUACUUCAAAAAAAAAUGAAGUUCUCCACUUGAAGGAGAAUAUGGAAAAUAAUAAAAUUAGAUGCUGGAGAGAGACCUAUCAGAACUUGUCUCAAAGAUAGAAAAUAAAUACAAUCAAGCAAAUAUGUGGCAGUAUGUCUGAAUCUAAGGACCAUUUUCUUCCAAUGGAAGAUACAAGCAAGGCAUCUCUGUUAAUAUAAAGAUAUGCCCACCCUUUGCCUUCCAUUGUCAUUGACCUAAUUUUUUAAUAUAGAGCUCAAAAUCGGUGCUGAAAAAGGGGGGACUCACCACAUACCAACCACCAGCACUUUUUUAACUUUAGUGCUUUUUGUGUUGGCACCCAAUGGAACUCUACUGAAAACAUAAGAUAGAGGUUUCCAUAUGUUUGCUCAGCAUCGUGCCAAUUAAUCAAUGGCAUUCCACACAAGGUAUUUGUGAUACUCCAGAACCAUCUCUGGACCUAUCCAAUUUCAUGACCUCAGGUAUCUUAAGAACCAAGUUGAUGUUUUGCUGGUUCAGCUGCAAUAUGUCCACAUUACAUCAAAAACUGUUCUUUUCAUUGGUGUUCCAGUAUUGGGGAUAACCUUGGAUUAAUUUUAUGUCCCACCUUCUUCCUUUCCUAGCCCCCAGAUGUUCAGCAGGAAUACCUUUCUCUGUGUUUUAAGGUUAAUGAUGUGAACAUGAUUAUGAGUCAGCUUCAAAACUCUUUUGAGAUGGGGCAUGGGACUAGAGAGCUGAAACAACAGGCAAGCAGCAAUGCUAUUAGUACUGUAAUAAUGAACAAUUGUUAGAAUAAAGAGUCACCAACAUUUAGGAACAUUGUCACUUAAGCAAAAGAAGUUAUUGAAAACUUUAGCAGCAUUUUGCAUCUGACUAGGCAAGUACAAUAAAUCACCCCUGCACCAACCUGGUGUCCUCCAAUUGUCAUUCCAAAAAUUGCUGCUUUCAAUUCAAUGAUGUAUGAGAAUUCUGGGACCAACCCAUUUGGAGGGUACCUGAUUGAGGAAGACUUAAUCCGUAUUUACCAUUUGUCAUUCUUCGUAGCUGAAAUAGAAUGUUUCACAAAGUGAUCUGAGCUAUGUAGUGUUCAUUGCCAAAUUGAGCAAUCCAAGCUAGACAGCUUGAGGCCUAAGGUCCAUUUUUGCAAAACUUACCCACACAUCCAUAUAACCUUAUCAGAAUACUCUUAAAGGCAUACCCAUCUCUUCCCCACCCCCCAUGUUAUUAUACCAUUAUUCUUCCAAAGUAUGCGAAACAUAGAACAAAAUCACUUGGCUGGAUCAUUUUCAAAUAACAAGAUUCUCAGUUGGAGUCUCCUAUUCACACAUCCCAUCCCCCAGUGCUCCUUGUGCUUCUUCCUUGCUGCUAAAAUUAGAAGGUCCUCCAAAGAAAACAACUCUAUAUUCCAUACAUCAAAUUGAGCAAUAACAUUUCCAACUCAGUUAAGUCUACAAGUGUAACUUCUGGGGACUGGUUUGAGUAAGAGCAAGUUUCAUAACAACUGCCACCAGCUCUUUUAUGUCUUUGCUGUGGUUACCUUUUAAACCAGAAGCUUCUUAUUAAAUUAUGUUGAAA